CAUCCGCGACGCGAACUUUCACUCGGAGACGCUCCUCGCCGUGCCGAGCCGUGCUGUGCCGUGCCGGGCAGCGCCGCGACGCGACACGUCGCGACGCCGUUCAACACCGCUCCGAAACAACGUACGCGACCACGGGCCGCCUCCAGUGAAGCUGAUCGGCGGAGGUGCGACGAAGGAUAGCGACGCUGCGAAGAUCGUCUACGAAGUCCUGACGGAAGCUUUGGGUGCCAGGGACACCGAGGCGGAAGCGACGGCGAAGGACAGCGAGGGUCUCGGAGAUCGUCCGAUCGGCGUGCAAGCUAGCGCGAGGAUCCCGAGGAUGGAUCUCGCGCUGCUCCUGUUCGCCGUGCUUCUCAGGCAAGAGGUGGCCGGCCUGAGGCUGCAGCACUUACACGUGCCGGCGUACACUCUACGAGGCGCGAGCGCGCUCCUCGAGUGCAGAUACGACCUGGGAACGGACAAGCUUUACUCCAUCACCUGGUACAAGGAUCACGAGGAGUUCUACAGAUACGUGCCUAAAGGAGAACCUAUGAAGCACAGCUAUACCGUGGAGGGCAUUAAAGUUGACAAACGUCAGUCGAACCACCAGCAGGUCCUGCUGCAGGACGCGACCCUGCAUACCAGGGGUCGGUACAAGUGCGAAGUCAGCGCGGAGGCGCCGAACUUCAACUCGGUCAGCGCCGAGGCCAACAUGGAAGUCGUAGUUCUUCCGCAAGACGGCCCGACGAUAACGGGGGAGGAGAAGAUUUACGCUACCGGCGAUGUCCUCGACCUAAAUUGCACCAGCGGCAAGUCUCAUCCAGCAGCGAACCUCACGUGGUUCAUCAAUGGGGAGCAGGUGAUGCCCGACUCGGAAACGGUGUUCGAGCAGCACGGACUGUUCGCGGUGAUCUCCAGCUUACGACUCCGGCUGCAAUCGGCUCACAUCGCCGACAAAAUAAACGUCAGAUGCGAGGCGACCGUGGAAUUGGAUUCAAACUCGGACACGCCGUUCGUCGAGACGCGCACCACGGAGGUAUUCGUGGAGGGUCACGCGAGCGCUGCAACCUCCUGCAUGUGCCUGACGGUGGCUAGUGCACUGCUGCUACGGCUGCUGCCGCCGGUUUAGAGUCUCGAACGGCGGGACAGCGGAUCGGAUCGUCGAUUCGACGCGUCUCGCGUUCUACCUCGCCGACGACGACCGAGCCGGAGCACCUCUUCGACCCUCGGUCAAACGAGGCUCGACCACUGACCCUGGGGCGGCGACCACUGGCGCCGCGGGAAACGGGUCCAGGACCCCUCGACGAGCCUACCGGUGUCCAUCGGACGACAGCAGGGCCUACAGGACCCCGGACGGAUCCGUUUCGAGCGACACGAUGACACGCGAGAUUCGAUUAAUUUGCUGACGCAUACUGGGCCCGGCGAGACGGACCCCGCUCGGCCGUGGCCCGGAGAAUUCGGGAUGGGUCGCGAUAGAUCGCGGAGCACGGUAUUGUCUCGAUAACCGGCCCAGAAUUAAGGCUGCGGAUAGAUUUCGAAAUUGGUGCACUCUCAAUCGAUGCGAAACUGUCGAAUAGUGCACUCUUCGACUCGAGCGAAGCCGUUCUACGAGGCGAAACUCUAGACUCUGGAGUCCAGAUUUUACCACGGCGGAAUUUAGAGUUCAAAAGUUCAAAGUGGGAAGUGCCAUUGGAGGCUGAAAACAUGAUCGUCGUCUAUGACUGGCUCUAACAGCGCCAGCUCCUAUUCGAUCAAAGCUAACGCUCGAAUUAGCUCCCAGUGGUGGAACCUACGAUGCAAAGCUCUGGAAUAGGUCCAAUGUGGUUUGGAGAUCAAGGUGAGAAGUACUACUGGGAGCUGAGAAACGGCGGUCAUUAUUCGCGAUUGGCUCUAGCGAUGCAUUGUUCGAUUUUAUCACCGCCGACGUUCGAAUUAGCUCCCAAUGAUGGGUCCUACGAGGCGAAGCUCCGGAGUGGCUCCAGCGGAGGUUAGAGACGAAGAGUUCGAGGUAAGAAGUACUACAAUAAUGUCUCUCUAAUUGACGCUCGGAUUGUCCACAGAAAUGGACAAUUUGGGAAGAGGAGAUACGAUU